GUUCGUUUUGGGCUGGCUGUUGAGGUUGUCUCCGACAUGAGGACUUGGCCAUCAUAACACCGCUCAACAAGAUUUUGUUUCAGUCGAUCGGCUUGUUCCUCAUUGAACCGUGUUUCGCUCAGAAGCAUAAGAGAAAAAAGCUGACAAUGGGAAGAAAGAAAGUGGAAGAGGUUGUGGUUGAUCCAUCAGCAUGGAUGCUGGCAAACGCAUUCGCUGAGUUUGUAUUGUUUCACACUGAUGAAAUCAAGUACAUGUGUAUGUUAGGAUAUACUUUUAUGCAUGGAUCGAAGGUAUUUGCCAAGUUACCGGCUGGUGCUGCCACAACCUAUAAGUUUGUCAACCUGCUGCUGGCAUCGACUGGUGGUGGAAUUCUUGUUCCUAUCCUGAUCAAUGGAAUCCCUGUUCCUCUGGCACAAGAUUCCUACCCCAUUGCCAUUCUGUGCUCUUACCUACUACACAGUUAUGUUCCAAUCGUUAGAGAUGUGUUCAAGUUAUCCAAGGUCUUCAAGGCAGGAGUCAUUAUUCUUUACGAAACGAUGAGAGCUUUUGUGGUCUGCAAGCUCACGAUUGCUGCAGGCAACGCCAUUGCUCCUUCGGAAUUCGACUUUCCCAUCUUUGGACCCAUUUUUUGCGGCACUCUCGCUGGUUGUGGAGGAGCCUUCUUACCAAUGAAUAAGGGUUUAGAUCCCAUCAAGGCGGGUCUUGCACAGCCAAUGCUCUCGGCCUUUAUUGGCGCCACAUCUUUGCACCUCUUCUUGAACACAUCUUUGAGCGAGGGUAUCAUUGACGGAACCAAGAAAGCCAAGGUCUGCAUGGCUGCUUUCUUUAUCCUUCACAGCUAUUAUGAGAACUUUUUCAAGCCUGCUCCAGCGGCUGACAAGAAGAAGACAGAGUAAAGGAAUGCCAUGGCAUCCAAGCUACAAAAUAUCAGUGACGCGAUAAUGAUUGACAAAUGAGGGCGAUGAACGAUUGAAAACAGUUUGUGUAAAAUAAUAAGAAUCCAAGUCUUUUUUUGAUAACUAAAAGGUUAAACCAGUUUACCGAGCGU